UCUUGGUUUGAGAGAGAAGGGAGAGGAAAGCAAACCGUCCAUAUUACAGCUGCUUUGUCAGCACUUUCCACGGUGAUGGACCCUCCUGGUGGGGGAGACGAAAGACGGAGGCAGGCAGAGCGUCUUCGACGGGAGGAGGCUUACUAUCACUUCAUCAAUGAAUUGAGUGAAGAGGAGUAUCGCUUAAUGAGAGACAGCAACCUGCUUGGCACCCCUGGGGAGGUGACUGCUGAGGAGCUGCGGCAGCGUCUUGACGGCGCAAAAGAGCGGGUUUCAUCUCAGCCACGCACGGAGCAGCUCCCGCCGACGGCUGAUUCUGGAGAACAGCAGAGCAGCAGUGGUGAAGGAGAGGAGAGAGGGGCUGGAGGGAGACGAGGGCCAGGAGGCACAGAGCCUGGAGCAGAAGCCUCUAAUGGUGACUCAUUACUGGAGUGGCUCAACACUUUUAGACGUACUGGUAAUGCUACUCGUAGUGGACAGAGCGGCAACCAGACAUGGCGUGCCGUCAGCCGGACCAACCCCAACAGUGGAGAAUUCCGCUUUAGCCUGGAGAUCAACAUCAACCACGAUCAGCCUGAGCCAGGGGAGCAUAAUGACGCUGCCGAUGCUGCAGAGCUGCCAGUGACUGCCCCAAAUACAACUUCAGCCUCGAUACACACUGCUUCCUCCUUCUCCAGCCCUCGCCCCUCUGCCAUGUCACGGCCAGCUCCGUACCCUUCCCCCCGCCCAGCCCUCAGUAGGAGGAUGCAGACCCGGCGUACGCGCAGCAGUGCUAGCACUCUCUCUGUGAGCCCCCCAGCACUUCCUGCGCCAGAGCCCCCCUUAGCUGCUGCUCAAAGGAGAGGUUCCACUUUGCACUCUUUAUCACCACCUCCCACCGUUCCCAAUCCUCCUCUUGAUCAGACUGCACCUUUGCAACAUCAAGCCCUCAAUGCUGAAGGAGAGCAGGGGCAUGAUGACAUGUCCGCUCCUGUAGACUGCCCCCGUGUAUCCCCCCAGUCUGGGUCUCAGGCCCCAGCAGUGGGUCACGACUCUCGUGGCAGUAGGACUCGAUCGCGUGGUCGUGCACGUAGAGCUGCAGGGGGGGGCGGGGUCUCAUCUCGCUUGUCUAGGAGAAGCCGCUCACCCUUGCACAGAAUACCUGUUAGCACCACUCCACCAUCCAGCAGUGGCGUCAGUGGCUCUAGCAUCCACACUGUUGAGCCAGGCAGUGGCACAGGCUCUGUUUCCAUGGAGACAGGAGAGGCUGUGGCAGAACCUGCAGCUCUCACAGAGCCAGCUGUAGAGACAGGAGAGCGCGAGAGUGAGUCCCACGUUCCAGGAGCAGGAAAUUCAGCGGUGCGCCGGCACCCAACCAUCAUGUUGGACCUGCAGGUGAGAAGGAUUCGACCCGGUGAGAACCGUGACCGGGACAGCAUCGCCAGCCGAACACGGUCACGUGCACGGGUUGCUGAGAAUACUGUCACAUUUGAAAGUGAUAGUGGUGGAUUUAGACGCACCAUCUCCCGCUCUGAGCGUGCUGGAAUCCGCACCUAUGUGAGCACUAUCCGGAUUCCACUGAGGCGCAUUAGUGAGACCGGCUUGGGGGAACCCAACUCCACUGCCCUGCGUUCCAUCUUGCGCCAGAUUAUGACUGGAUUUGGGGAGCUGAGCUCACUAAUGGAGACUGAGGCUGAUUCUGAAACUGUUCCACCCAGUCACACAGAUGCUAUUGGCACAAAUACUAACACAAGCCCAUCCAGUCGUCUGCAUGCAAAUGAGAGUGCAGUUGGCCCGGUUGGCCCUGGUGGUGUCGAUCAGGAGAGGGUGGGGCUGGUUGGAGGUGAGGAGGAUCAGGGUGGGCAGGCCAGACUCGGAGGUGCAGUAGUGAGCACCACAGAAGGACGGCCCACCAGCAGAGACACCAACAACCUGGUAGAAAACGGUACUCUACCCAUCCUGCGGCUGGCACAUUUCUUCUUGCUCAACGAUGAAGAGGAUGACGAACACCCGAGGGGUCUGACCAAAGAGCAGAUUGACAAUCUCUCCACACGCACCUAUGGUCAGGCCAGCCUGGAGGGAGAGAUGGGUCGUGCGUGCAGUGUGUGCAUCAAUGAGUACGCCCAGGGCAACAAGCUGCGCCGUCUGCCCUGUUCUCAUGAAUUCCACAUCCACUGCAUUGACCGCUGGCUCUCUGAAAACAACACCUGCCCCAUCUGCAGGCAGCCGAUACUUGCAGUCCAUCAUGACUGAACUAUUUGCUCUCAAACACAACUGUCAUGUUCCUGGCUGGCUGAACUGAGCAGACCCAAGUUGGCUUUGCAUGUACAUAGCGCUUUCAUGGUUUAGUUUCUUUGAAAAAAUCCAUUGUGUCGAAGUUGAAGAAGGUUAAACCAAAAGUGCGGAAAAGAGGAAACUAUAAAUGCAGAGAAUUAACAAAAGUUUAUUUUUUUAGACUCCUUGUUUCCAGCAACUUAUUGUUUUAGUUUCUUCUUCCUGUGACUUGUUUCGCUGAUCUGUCACCAAGCGUCAGAGACCCAUGUCAAUGGAUGGCAUUAAUGCUUGAGGGGCUCCAGUAGCUGCUGCUGACUCACUUUAAAUCUUCAAUGUCUGAUACAUGUGAUGUCCUUGUCAUAUCUGGACUACACAGGUCACUUCUAGAGAUGAUUUAUUCAGUAUACGCUGUAAAUAACUCACCAGUGCUUGUAUGUUAGGGGUUUGAAGCAAGAUGCUCCUCACAUACCAUCUGUUGAGAAUGGAAACAGGAAACCUUUAGUUUUUUAAACAUUAACCAUUUUAAAGCUUCGACGUCCAUUUUAAAAAAUUGAAAUCCCUUUACAGUUGGUUAAGAAAUGUUUGAUUUAUUGUUAUGUGUAUGAGCAAUGUAUUUAAUUUUGAAAUGCGUUUUAUUCUGCACAUCUGAUAUUAUUUGUUUACGCUCUCUCCACACACCUGGCCCAUAGAAAUCCAGACCAGAAUUUCUCCAUUAAUAACAUUAACCAUAUGAGCAAGUCAAAUGAAAAGCAAGUGAUAAUCAGGAAUUCAGAGUUGUAAUUUAGUCUGAGUUGUGCAAUACAGAGACAGUUUUGGUUUUGCUUAUAGCUGUUGUUUACAUUGCAAUGCCUGGUUAUCAUCUCCACUUAAAAUCAAAGUCUUGUAAACCCUGAAAUCAUGUUUCCUCUUGGUUUCUGUUUCUGACACACACAUGGAAACCUGUUUUAUGAAGGUGCAUUGAGCAGUAACUCAACACACGCUGAGUAAAGAAAAAACUGGGUCAACAUUUCUGGAGUUUUUAAUGGGUUUUAUCUCUCAAUUUUUUCCAUGAGAAAAUUCGGAGCAUCUGCUGCAUCACUGCUCCCUAGCUACUUUCACUGCUAAUGAGAAUCUGUAAACAACACAUCUCUUCCUAAUUGGGUCUAUCAGCUCCAGUACCAUAACAAUACGUUAAUAAGGCAGUGUUAAUGUUACAAUAUUCCUAUAUGCUCUUCAUGGUUUGUUUUUCCAUAGCGUCAUACACAGAUGUUGACAUUUCUAGUGUAGCACCGGUGGAUUAUUUAGCUGAACGCCCUAAUCAGUGUGUUCCCACCAGGGUCAUCAUUAAUAACAGGAGCUACUGUCACUAACAACACUGCAGGACUGGUGCAGUUUGGAAGAGGGUGCGAGAGUGGGAUAAGUGUGUAUGGGUAAUUGUAUGUGUGUGUUCGGGCGGAUGUGCGUUGAAGGAAAGGUCACGUGUUCCAAUAAACCUGGUGGUCAGACGGCUUCUGAGCAGUGGAGGUGUCCACUCGGAGACAAGGGGAAGGUUGUGGCCACUCCGUGCAGAAUUGAAUAUUUAUUCUGUUCCUAUUUAAUUAAAAGGAAAUCAACUUUUGAAAAUAUGUAUUGUUAAGACGUGUGAGAGUAAAUAAAACAGUUAUGAUGAAUAUGUUACUAUGUAAUAAAAAUGAAGACAUGGGGUUCUCUUCUCUGCUCCUUAACAAUGGAAUAAAAUGCAGCUUUGUUAUGGCA